AUGGCCGACGAAGCACAAUACUCCUCUGGUCCCGAUUCGGGGAACAACAAGCGCAAGUACGAAGAGCAAACGACGCCGCCUCCGCGUAGAGCCACUGGCUUCUCAGCCCCCAUCACGUCCUCGUCGCCCGAUUCUGCACCUCCGUCCUACAGCAACGUUCCUCCGCCAGUUGAUGACAUUCAGGUGGCCAAGCAGCGCGCGCAGGAGAUCGCAGCUCGAUUGUUCAACAACGCCAGUGGUGGUGUUGCUGCUGGUGGCCUUGAGGCUAAGCGCCCUAGGGUUGAGAAUGGCUUUGAUUCCAUUGACAAGGGCUUUAGCUCUGUUCCACCUGAUUUGAAGCCUCACUUGUCAAACACAGCUCCUUCAUCGAUCCCUGUAUCGUAUGGUAGCUUCCAGGGCUCAAGCAAAAAGAUUGAUGUUCCAAAUGGAAGGGUUGGUGUUAUUAUUGGUAAAGGUGGUGAGACUAUCAAGUAUUUACAGACUCAGUCUGGUGCCAAGAUUCAAGUUACCCGAGAUGGUGAUGCGGACCUCAGUGCUCCAACUAGGAUGGUGGAGCUCAUGGGUACUCCAGAGCAGAUCGCAAAGGCUGAGCAUUUGAUAAAUGAAGUUCUCGCUGAGGCUGAAUCAGGAGGUCCUGCCAUAGUUUCUCGAAGGUUAACAGUACAAGCUGGUGCUGAACAAUAUGUUACAAAAAUUCCUAACAACAAGGUUGGGCUUGUAAUUGGGAAAGGAGGUGAAACGAUUAAAAAUAUGCAAGCUAGGACUGGAGCUCGUAUUCAGGUGAUUCCCUUGCAUCUGCCACCCGGUGACACAUCAACAGAAAGGACACUACAGAUUGAUGGGACUAGUGAACAAAUUGAAGCUGCAAAACAGUUGGUCAAUGAAGUUAUUAGCGAGAAUCGUGUUAGAAAUCCAGCAAUGGCUGGAGGAUACUCUCAGCAAGGUUAUCAAGCGCGUCCUCCCACUGGCUGGGCUUCUGGUGGACCUCCAAUGCAACAACCUGGUUAUGGCUAUGGACAGUCUGGAGCAUAUUCUGGCCCAUCACCGCAGUAUAAUGCUGCCCAGCCUCCUUAUCCAGGCUAUCCCCCUCAACCAACAUCGGGUGGAUAUCCCUCCAAUUGGGACCAGUCAGCUGCUGCACCAACUCAGCAGACUUCCCAGGGAAGUGGUUAUGAUUACUAUGGUCAGCAACAACCAUCACACCAACAACAAAAUCCUGGUGGUCCUGCUGCACCCGCUGACAAUGCUGGUUAUAAUUAUGGCCAGCCUCCUGUUUCAGGCUAUAAUCAGCAAGGACAAGGUUAUCCUCAAGAAGGCUACGGUGGGUAUCAUGCACCACCUCAGUCUGGGUAUGGUCAGCCACCAUCAUAUGAUCAACAGCAGGGAUAUUCUGCAGCUGGCUAUGGUAAUGUGAGUAAUCCAACUCAAGAUGGACAUACUUCCUCUUAUGGAUCUCAGGGGGAUUCAGCCCAAGCACCGCCUCCUGUUCAGCAAGGAUACAGUGCGAGUCAACAGCCUAGCCCUAACCCUGCAGGUUACCCACCGCAAGGGUCUACUCAGCCAGGCUAUGGAGUACCCCCAACUUCUCAAACUGGUUAUGGUAGUCAACCACCAGCUCAGGCUGGAUAUGGAGCUGGAUAUGGAGCACCUCCAGCACAAAAACCUCCUGCAAAUCCCGCAGUUUAUGGGCAAACCACACAGUCGCCCAGCACUCCUGGAGCCUAUGGUCAGCCAGCACCUGUGCAGCCAGGCUACGCCCAUUCUCAGCCUCCACCAUCUGGUUAUGCUCAGCCAGAUUCUGCUACCCGUGCCCCAUCAUCUGGCUAUGGCGCAGCUCAGGCUGGGUAUGGGCCUCCAUCCUAUGGUGCACCACCUGUUGGUCAGCCAGGUUACGGGCAGGCGCCACCACCUUACAAUGCAUCUUAUGGUGCUGGAUAUGCACAACCUCCUGCCUACUCUGCUGAUGCCAAUGCAAAUGGGAACACUCGCGGGACAUAUGAUGCUGCACCUGCUUCACAGGCUGCUCAGCCAAGUGGAGUUGCCAAAACUUCCCCUCAAAGUUGA